CCACUCGAAAACAUUAUUUUUCAAACAGUACUAGCAGGUUUUGUUGAUAACUUGCCCAUAUUUAUUUAAAUAAAACAUAAUGAACAAAAUAUCGAUGUUCGCGGUGUAUAAAAAGUUGGGAAAUUAUUUCAAGUUAGUGCCGUUAAUUGGGACGAAUCUUAACCUCAUAGAACCAAAUUUAUAUCUGGGAAGUCGACCAACCGUCGAUGAUAUCGAUCUUCUUCAAAAAUAUAACAUAACACAUAUUUUAACCUGUGAAGAAAUGCCUCUACCAGAAGAAAUGGGAAAAACCGGAAAUUUUACCAUGAAAUGUAUAAUGCUCGAAGAUGAGCCCACCGAGGAUUUAUUAAGACGUUUGGAGGACUGUUAUUCCUUUAUUUCAGAAGGUUUAUCAAAAGGAACUGUACUUGUUCACUGUUUCGGCGGUAUUUCCAGAAGUGCAUCCGUCGUAAUUGGAUUCAUAAUGAAAAAACACCAACUAACUUACGACGAAGCUUUUAACAGAGUGCAACAAGGGAGAUAUAAUAUAGAUCCAAACCCUGGAUUUGUCUCCCAGUUAAAAAUGUAUCGAAAAAUGGGAUACGAAGUGGAUUCUAUGAACAUAGAUUACAAAAUAUUUAAAAUCAAAAAAGUAGCUCUUUAUGUGCGUCGAAUUCACGCUGUGCUCCAGGAAAACACGAACAUCAUUGAAGACGAUCCAGAACUGGAAGAAUUAGGAAUGAAAUCAAAAGCUUAUUGUUGCAAAAAAUGCAAACGGAUUUUGGUGAAGGGUUCAAAUUUAAUUCCGCACGAACACGAGGGCGAAAUUUGCGCCAAAUCGUAUUUUGUUAUGCCUGUGGCUUGGAUGAAGGUUACUAAUAGUAUCGACAGUGAACUGCAUUGUCCACGAUGUAAGUCGAAUGUGGGGUGGUUUAACUGGAUUGGUGGUAUUGAGUGUCAAUGUGGCGCCAAACAAGUUCCUGGUUUUUAUCUAAAACCGUCAGAAGUGGAUUUUGUAGCACCAUCAAAAUAAAGAAAUAAUUUAGUGUGUUUUAAAUUCUGUUUAAAAUACCGAAGUCGAUAUUAUAGUCACGUGCGCUUCAUCCAUGCGCCGCAGCUCCCUAUUUCAUUAACAAGUGUACCAAAUGUCAAUGUCAAUGUUACUAGCGUUACUAAUGCCAAAUUAAUAACACAAAUUCUAGUUAAUAUUGCAGUGUAGCCACUACACCAUUUUCUUUUAAAUUUUUAAACAAUCAAGGACAUCCUACCUCAACCGUCGUUUAAUAGUGUAUUCACAGCCAAUAAAAUCGAAAUUCGCCUAUUUCGAUUCGUGAAUUAAGGAUCAUAUUUGCUGGCGUCUGGAAGCCAUCUUGUAUUUACAUUUUGAAAAUUUGUGAUAGAUUUUUUUAAACCAGUUUUUCAAGUACAAUGGUUACGGUGCCCAAAAGAAUCAGUAUUGAUCUAAUUGAGCCGAAUCUGUAUUUGGGAAAUCGUUCGGCAGCCAAAGAUCUCGAAACUAUUAGAAAAUACAAUAUAACGCACAUUCUGACGAUCGAUCAAACUCCACUACCCCAUGAAAUAGUAAAGAACGAAAAUUUGACCACAAAAUUCAUCUGUCUUCGCGAUCAACCAAAAGACGACUUAUUGUAUCACCUAGAUGAUACUUACGCUUUUAUUUCAAAAGGCCUGUCCAAAGGAUGUGUGUUGGUUCACUGUUUUUAUGGCGUGUCUCAUAGCGCAUCUACUAUUAUUGCUUUUUUUAUGAAAAAGCAUCACAUUUUGUAUAAAGAAGCAUUUGAAAGGGUGCAAGAGCAAAGAAAUAAGGUCUGCCCCAACACUGGAUUAAUUGCGCAAUUGAAACUUUAUCACGAAAUGGGGUACAAAGUAGACUCUUCAUACACAAAUUAUAGAAUUUACAGAUUGCAGAAAGUUGCAAAUCAAGUACGUGAAAUGCAGUUGGUGCCAGAAGAGUGUAAGGAUGUCAUCCAGAAGGAUCCUGGACUGGGUCCAGGAGCGCCAGAAGCCAACGUUUAUUGUUGUAAGGAGUGUAGUAGGGUGUUAGCAGAUGAGUCACAAUUGAUUCCUCACAAGACCCACCAGGGAGAAGUGUGUAAUAUGGCGUAUUUUGUUUUUCCAAUUGAUUGGAUGGAUUGCUGCAAGGUUCUCCAAAGAGCGCUGUGGUGCCCACAAUGUAAUAUAAACGUGGGCUCUUUCAACUGGAAUAUUGGUGUAAGAUGUCCAGAGUGUCACAAUGCACAGAUUCCUGCGUUUUGUUUAACACCAGCAAGGGUGGAAUUUGUCAAAGGAUUCAAACCUUGAUGUGUGUUUCUAUUUUUUAAUGUUGUAAUGCUCAGUAAUUUAAUAUAUUUGUAAAUAGAUAAAAUUAAAAGUAUGUAUUGUGUAACACACUUUUUAUCUGCUUUACUGCAAUUUGGACUGAAUAUUGGUUGUUUUUUUUAAGUAAAGACUGACGUUUACACUUACUAUUUUAUGUAAAACAAGAAUAAAAAGAUAAUA